CGCCCGCCCGACGGAGCCGCCCCAGCUUGCUGACUUCAUGUGAAAGAUGGCUAAUGCGGAAGUGAGUGUCCCAGUGGGGGAUGUGGUUGUGCUACCCACUGAAGGAAAUGAAGGGGAGAGCCCUGAAGAUACUAAAACCCAAGUGAUCUUGCAGUUACAGCCUGUGCAGCAAGGGAUUUAUGAAGCUGGGUCGGAGAACAACACAGCAGUUGUGGCAGUAGAAACUCACACAAUACACAAAAUUGAAGAAGGGAUUGAUGCAAGCACUAUAGAAGCAAAUGAGGAUAUGGAAAUUGCUUACCCCAUAACAUGUGGAGAGAGCAAAGCUAUUCUCCUCUGGAAGAAAUUUGUUUGUCCAGGAAUAAAUGUGAAGUGUGUCAAGUUCAAUGAUCAGUUGAUCAGUCCCAAACAUUUUGUUCAUCUGGCGGGUAAAUCUACCCUCAAGGACUGGAAAAGAGCCAUUCGUCUGGGUGGAAUCAUGCUCAGGAAAAUGAUGGACUCUGGACAGAUUGAUUUUUAUCAACAUGACAAGGUUUGCUCCAAUACCUGCAGAAGCACCAAAUUUGAUCUUCUGAUCAGCAGUGCAAGAGCACCAGUGCCUGGACAGCAGACAAGUGUGGUGCAGACACCCACUUCGGCUGAUGGUAUCACACAGAUUGCAAUCUCAGAGGAGAGCAUAGAAGAGGCAGGGCUGGAAUGGAACUCGGCUCUCACUGCUGCUGUCACCAUGGCCACAGAGGAGGGCAUGAAAAAAGACUCAGAGGAAAUUUCAGAAGACACUUUGAUGUUCUGGAAAGGAAUAGCUGAUGUAGGGUUGAUGGAAGAGGUUGUCUGCAAUAUACAAAAGGAAAUAGAAGAAUUACUCAGGGGAGUUCAACAGCGGCUCAUUCAGGCUCCCUUCCAGGUCACAGAUGCCGCUGUUCUCAAUAAUGUAGCUCAUACUUUCGGCCUAAUGGACACAGUCAAGAAGGUUUUGGACAACAGACGGAACCAAGUAGAACAGGGAGAAGAGCAGUUUCUCUAUACUUUGACAGACUUGGAACGCCAGUUGGAAGAACAAAAGAAGCAAGCUCAGGAUCACAGGCUGAAAUCCCAGACAGUUCAAAAUGUGGUACUGAUGCCUGUGAGCACUCCCAAGCCUCCAAAAAGGCCCCGGCUCCAGCGGCCAGCCUCGACCACUGUCCUGAGCCCUUCUCCUCCUGUCCAACAACCUCAGUUCACCGUCAUCUCACCCAUCACCAUUACCCCAGUGGGUCAGUCGUUUUCCAUGGGCAAUAUUCCAGUGGCCACUCUCAGCCAGGGCUCCAGUCCUGUGACUGUACAUACAUUGCCUUCUGGCCCUCAGCUCUUCCGCUAUGCCACAGUGGUCUCCUCUGCCAAGAGCAGCUCACCAGACACAGUGACCAUCCACCCGUCUAGCUUGGCUCUGAUUAGUUCCACCGCCGUGCAGGAUGGGAGUACCCUGGGCAACAUAACUACCAUGGUAAAUCCUAUGGAAUUGGUGACCAUGGAAUCUGGCAUAACCUCAACAACAAUCCAGGCAGUCGAAAGCACCUCAGAGGACGGGCAGACCAUCAUCGAAAUUGAUCCGGCCCCUGACCCAGAGGCUGAAGAUACUGAUGGCAAAGCCGUCAUUUUGGAGACCGAGCUGAGGACUGAGGAGAAAGUUGUGGCAGAGAUGGAAGAACACCAGCACCAGGUCCACAAUGUGGAGAUUGUGGUCUUAGAGGACUAACUGGGAAUCUUGGGGCCAGGAGAUAUAUUUUGGCUUGAAAUUUUAAUUAUUUGUUUAUUUUCAUCAUUGUCCCACUCAUUUCCACAUAGUUAUUUUUUUUUUUAAGAAACAAAACAAAAACAGCAACAAAAUCUUGUUUGUAACUAAAAAUGUUGAGUCCCUCCACCCUGUCAUUGAAAAAUGGACAAAAACAAGCUGCCCUUUUGAAUUUGAGAGUAGGUCACUCGAUAUCCUAAUCCUUUACCAAGAAUGUUAUUACUUUUGGGGAGCCAUCAUGAUAAUCGGAAAUCCUGUCCAGAAAGCCCUUUUCAAGCUAGUCUGUGUGGUCAUACAGUUUUGUUUUGAUAAAGAUUUAUUGACCAAACUUUGGACUGCAGAUUUGACACUGGAAGCUAACUCCCUCAAAUGUGGAUGCAGGACACUUUAUUUUGUCUCCUGGAAAGGCCCCUCUGAAGCCAGUGCAAAACGCUGGAAUUAAAGGAAGUUGAACUUUGCUUGGAGGGAAAGAUGACUUACCAGCAGCAGCUUAAAAAGGGGAAGUGCUUUGGCCAGGAUGGGGCAAGGAAAUUAUCUUAACUUCUAGAACUGUAUCUGAUGCCUCUUUAUCUCUGAGGGUUACUGCCAUGGGUGCCAUUUUUAGGAAUGGACUGAGCUGAGUGGAAGUGCACGUCUCAACAAAGCAAAUGGCAUCAGAAAUGGAAAACCUGUGACUUUGCAGAAAUAGAAAUCCAGGCAGUCACAGCUAUGCUGUGGGAUUCAAGGUGGUAGCCUCCUUGGUUCCCCACUUUGUCAAAGCACUUAUCCUUCUAAAGUAGAAUGAAUUCAUUCAUUUGCAAAUUGUCUAAUGUGUUGAAAGGUGUUUUUGGACUAUGGCUGUUGUGGGGAUGGGGCUCCAAGCCAUCUUUAUUGCAUGAUUCCAGGAGAAGGGGAGAACCUUAUCCAUACCACCUGUUCCUUAUGAGGGUCCCUCUUUUGGCUUUAGAACCAAAAGCAGCCACUCAUUUGGUGCUUCCUUUGUUGUUCCCUCCAGUCCUCAACUAUUAGUGGCAUCUGUCUCCCGAAUCCCACACUCUUCAAUUUUUUGACUGAUUUGGAGGACAGUGAUGGGUGACUGCCAGCCUUUAUCCCUUUUUAGAUUUAUUUAUACCACAGAUGGUUCUGUGAGAUACUGAGUUCAUAAUAAAGCCUUAGGCUUGGCAGGGAAGACUCCAUACCCCCAGCCUAUCCUGAAGUUUUCAGUAGAUGUCUCCUCCUUGAGUGAGCUGGAUUCCUGGGAAAGAAGCAUUGUCAGCAACACUAUAUUAUAAGAACACCAGGAAUGUCAGUAAUAUUUCCUGGCACGGGGCAGUGUACUUUGUAUUCUUUCUUUUUUUAAAUUUUGUUUGUAUAUUUAGAGCUGGGCCAUUUUUCUGUGCUGUGAUUUCUUCUCUGACCAUCUUCAAUGUUUGGAGCAAGAAUAGAUCCUGGUUUUAAUUUCUUUGACUGCAUUGUUUAUUGCACUAGAAAAAAUAUAGGAAAACUGUUGGCAAUUAAAGAAAAAUAGGUCCAAAAAAAAAAAAAAAAAAGGAAGCACACACUAGGUGUUGGAGGGCUUUUGUUUUGUUUUACUUUUUUUUUUUUUUAAUUAAAAGCAAAACUUUGAC